CACAGAGCGCAUCUGCUGCAGGAACAGACCGUUAUGAGUUUACACGGAUGCACAGAAACUUAGCCUUUCUUCACUGCUCACUGAAUAUCCUUCAGGUAUAAAUGAAGGAUAUUUAAGUCAAAGACAAGCUCAUAAUAAUCGCUUUGUCGUUUUCGGUUUCCUUUAACUGAGUUCAUAAUGGGAUUACGCGUGUUUGGCACACCGCGUUACGCAUACUCCUGCGUCUAUUUAUUUGUUUUCAUCCUGCAGGCUGCUCAGUCUCAGAGGAAUCCGGGGGCACAGCAAGGAAACGACCAGAGAGCGGCCCUUCGGCAGACGCUACAGUGGUCACACAACGGCAAGAUUUUUAGCAUUUUAAGCCAAGGCUCGGAGUAUCAACCGGCUAGGCGCAGGGGCGCAGCGCAUGAGCAAGUGCAGGGGCGACCUGUGACCAUCAUUCGGGAUGGGGACACCCAGAGAGAGCCGGUGGCCCAGCAGCAACGUCAGCAGCAGCCUCCCCGGCCGGCCUCCAACCCGCAAGGCCAGCGCAACCUCCCGCUGCCGCUCCAGAGGCUUGUGAGAGGGCAGGAGCACCGCCAGCAUCACCAGGACCGUCCCGGUGAGCGCACAGGGACGCAGAGGAGCCGUAGAGUGAAUGAGACCCAAGAGCAAGUCAAUGUCAGUCCGUCUCUGCCCAGGAGAGAAGACUUGAUGGUUGGAGACGAUCCAUACGACCCUUACAAAUCCAUCGACGGUGAUAAUCCAUAUUACAAUUACUAUGACGUUUACGAGAGACCGAGGGAGCGAUCGAGACCCGGAUAUGGCACAAGGUAUCAUCAGUACGGUCUCCCUGAUCUGGUUCCUGACCCAUACUACAUCCAAGCCUCAGCCUAUGUCCAGAGAGCCCCGAUGUACAACCUGAGAUGCGCAGCUGAAGAAAACUGUCUGUCAAGCUCUGCCUAUAGAGCAAGAGACUACGAUAGCCGCAUGCUGCUGAGGUUUCCUCAGAAAGUCAAGAACCAGGGCACGGCGGACUUCCUCCCCAACAGGCCACGUUACUCCUGGGAGUGGCACAGCUGUCACCAGCACUACCACAGCAUGGAUGAGUUCAGCCACUAUGAUCUGCUGGAUGCCACCACCCAGCGGUCGGUGGCAGAAGGCCACAAGGCCAGCUUCUGCUUGGAGGACACUUCCUGUGACUAUGGAUACUACAGGCGAUAUGCCUGCACCUCGCAUACUCAGGGCCUGAGCCCGGGAUGUUAUGAUACCUACAACGCAGACAUUGACUGCCAGUGGAUUGACAUCACAGAUGUGAAACCUGGCAACUAUGUCCUCAAGAUCAGUGUAAAUCCUUACUACCAGGUCCCAGAAUCAGACUACAGCAACAAUAUUGUGCGCUGUGAUGUUCGCUACACAGGCAACUAUGCCUACGUGUCAGGCUGUCACAUGUCAACAUAUUAAGAAACGUCAUCCACGGCGAGUCAGUGGACACAUUGUGUAAAUGACAAUCAAGAGGACUGCACACGAAAGCAUAUAAACAACGCAGAAAAAGUCUUUUUUUUUUUUUUGAGACAUACAUUCAUUUUAAAAUUUAACCACUCCCAGUUUAGAAAAGGAGAAGUAGAAACCAUCUGAUUAUUAUCAUUGCAGCAAAUAAAGUUGAAUUCUUCUUUGCUUGUGUGGGGAAAGCUGUUUUUUUUUUUUCUUAAUGAAAAGCAUAUAACCUCAGCUUUUUUGGGAACAUUUUUCAUUGCUCACUUCUGUUGGAUUGUACUGUAUGCUUGCCUUUUACUGCCACUUGUUAGAAAGAAACAAAAUCCAUAAAAACGGGAGCCUAGAAGAGUAAAAUAACAGCAUAAAUCAUGUAUAUCACAAUGUUAUAAAGAACCAGCUGUUUAAAGGAAAGUAUAUUUAUAUGCAACAAACGAAACUCUCUUUACUCGACAGCUUUUGUUGAAACGUACUUGAAUAAAAAUUUGUAAUGUCGUACGGUUGUUUUAGGCUGAUUAUUGUGAUUUUGGUGACUUUGUUUCAAAGGUGUAUGUAAUGUUAUUGUCUUUGAGUUUUUUCUUUUCUUUUUUACUGGAAGAAUUGUCUAAAAAUAGCAGGGAAAAAAAGCCAAUUGCUUAAUUUGUGACACUGAUAUAAAGCAAAGAAAAGCAGCAAAGGAGUACUACAUCAAAGCAGAGAUCUUCACUUUUAGUCCCUCAUAUUCAAAAUCACUCGAUACGUAUGUUUCCUGUCAUUUUUUUAGACCUCCUGGACUGGUUAGCAUCCAUGGAAUACACUUUUGACUGGUCCAGUUUGUAACACAGGCGCUGUGUAAUAAAUUUGUCAUGUCAAGCUGUGAUGACACUAAUGAAAACACUAUGACGUCAUCAGCGUUCUUUCCUGAGUUGGCAAUUUCCUCCAGAGCGACAGAAACUUUUUUUUAUUCAUUUUUCACAUGCUGAGCAUCACGUAAAACUGAUCUCCGUGCCUAAUGUGAGUGAAAUCACUCUUUACACAACAGAAAUCACU